CUUGCCGCCGCAAUCUUUCGCGUUCGCUUGGACGGUUCGGUCGCCACGUAUCUAGAUACUCGAGGGUAUCUCGUCCGUUCGCUUGCUUUGCGCGAGCCAGAAGUUGAAUUUGAAAAUAAAAUUUUGCCCCGCAAACAAAAUUGGUUUUUUCAAUUGCCAAAACGCAAAGAAAUGCGAGAAACGCGACGUGCUGCCAAACCAAUCCAAUCCCAUAAAUAAAUCUAAGCGAAAAAUUUAAAUAAAAUACAACAAACAGUGCAACAUUUAAUCCAAAAAAUAUAAGAAAUAAAAGCAAAGAAGAUUAAAAAGAGUUCCAAGAACCAACACAAAAAGCAUCAUUGCCACAACAAGAUGCUGAUGCACCACACAACAUCCACAACGUCCACGGCGACGAUGACCAACUCGUCGUCAUCGGCCACGCCCACACCAGGGUCGACCUCCUCCAACAACAGUGCCACACUCGAGACGCUGCACCACCAGCAGCAGCAGCAGCACCAGCAGCUGCAGCAUCAACUGCAGCAGUUGCACACGAAUGCGGCAAACAAUUCGCGUCCCCCCUCGCGGGCGCCCUCGAUUCUCGAUAGCCCCACGCUGGCGCGUGUGGAGCGGGCUCGUCUCCGACUCGAGCAGCAGGAGCGUGAGAGGGAGCGAGAGAGGAGCAGCCAGAGGGGAGGCGACAUCAAUGGAGGGGGAAUCGGUGGCGGUGGCAGCAGCACUGGAACGGGGAGCACGGCAACGACAAUGAAUCGUGAGGAUAGCCUGGAGCGGAGCAUAUUGGAUCCCAAGAAAGAGACGGCGCCCUGGCAUCAGAUGUGGACGCAUAUGAAACGCCUAUCGCACGCCUCCAAAGUCAAUUCGACGAGCAGCCUGACGGCCCAGAAAACCGAUGUGGGUCCCCAUCCGCAUCCACAUCCCAAUAUGACGCCCACAGGGGGCGGCACGACAACAACAGCGGGCCAGGGAAUGCCUGGGAAGUGCAUUCUAUUCCCGGACAGGACGUCCUCCCUGAAAAGCUCAAUGUAUACGCAACAGGUGUACUUCAGGCCCGAUAUGCAAUCCUUGCUGGCAGGACGCAUUCCGGUGGCCUCAAUGACGGGACCCAUUAAGCGAGGACUCCUGUGGCAGCAAAGGGAUCGUCUGUUCUCCCGCUGGAAGGAGAGAUACUUUGUGCUCACUCGUGACUACUUGCAUUGCUUCAAGAGGGCCUCGGGAUCGGCCAAUGAACGUGCCUCCGAUAUGGGACAAUUUAUAUUUAAGGUCAAGCUGGUGGAUGUCGAGAAGGUGGAGUGGCUGAAUCGGCGCUCGUAUAGCGCCAUUGGACUGUUGCUGGGACGCGAGGGUCGGGUGCUCUUGCGCUGCGACGAUGGCCUCGAAGACUGGUUCGAGCUUUUGGAGGAAUGCACUGUGACCUCCAAGGAGCGACGACGAGCUUUGAAGAUUGCCCAGGGACCGCGGUCGAGAGCCUCUCUGGCGGCGCCCGUGUCGCAUGCCUCGCUGCAGUUCCAGCACUUUGGCCUGGGCGGCACCUACUCGAGCGCCCUGGACGACUGGCUGAUGACGAACGGAACGGGCGGCGGCCUGGUACGCCACAAGAUCGGAGCCGGCAGCCUGAACGGCUAUGGCGGCGCCAACCCCUUCCUCUUCUCCGAUUCGGUGCCGGAUCUGAGCGCCUUGAACAACGAGAACCACAACCACCACUUGAGCGGCAUCAGCACGAACCACUCGACGCCCCAGAAGAUACCCCAUCACAGCAACGCGAAUCUCAGCCGCUACUCCAACGGCUACGCCUCCGCCCAGAACAGCUUCACGCAGGGAGGAGCCCUGUACGGGUCGCCCAGGCGCAUCUUCAUCAACAGCAGCUUCGGCAGCAAUCAGGUGGUCGACGAGGAGACCGAAGAGGCGGAGGUCCAACUCCGACGUCCCAGGCUCUUCCGCGGCGUGAGCGCCACUCCGGACAAUGGCAACGAGCUGGACAGGGACUGGCUGUACCGCAAGCCCCGAGCGCCCACCGAUAUGCGGCACUCAGUUCAACCCAUGCUCCCCACGGGUGGAGGAGGCUGUGCCCCCAGCAAAAUCGAACUGGACUGCUCGGCCCAUGACAGCGGCUUGGAUACGCCACCGUCCACGCAUCGUCCGUCCAGCUACCGCGAGGCGUCUCGUGACAGCACCGAGACGAACGGCAGCUCCUCGCGCGGCACUCUGCUGAACAAUGGCUCGCCCGCAGGCAGCUUUCGGGGCAAGAAGCUGAGCAGCCAGGUCAGCAAUCUCAACCAGCUGAAUGCCCUGAACGGAUCGCGGUACUCCGUGCAGGACCAGCGCAUCCUGAAGAUGCGCAACAACGAGGAGGAGCGCUGCGCCUCCAUCAAGAUGGCCAAUCGCUUGAACCAGAACCACGAACAGCAGCUGCAGCCCCAACAGCAGCUGCAGCAGCAGGCCUCCUACGAUCCCAACCAGAAUCGUUACUACAAAAACGGCAAUGCCACACCCCCCACAUCCCUAACGCCCCAGCAUACGCCACAGCAUAAGCUUCUGAUGAUGCAACAACAGCAGCAGCAGCACCUCCACGGCAAUGGCAAUGGAAAUGGUGCUGCGUUGAAUGGAAACACCAAUGGCUCGGCCAUAUUCCGGGAACGAUACCAGCACCCGGCCUUGGCGGCCAUCAUCAACGAGGCCCAGGGCCUGAAGUUUCGAGGUAGGUGCAUCGGUUUCCCCAUCGCCACAUGGCUCUGAUUGCACUCCUCUCAUAACUCCCCAUCUCAUCUGGCAUGCCUUCCACUUUGGUUAUGAUUUGACAUUUUAAGCAUUACAAAACACGGAACACACAUCAUUUCAUUAAGCACUUCGUUACGUUUCUGGGCAUAUUAGUUGGAAUUGGAAGCAUUUGUUCUCUUCUCCCCGGUUAUACGUGUUGCGCGCGUCAUGUGGCAGUGCCCCUCGGCACUGAUUUUUAUUUCCUUACUAUAAAAUAAAACAUCAUCCGAAAUUCCGUUUAGACUUCUCUAAACAUGAGGACUAUUGCAAAAUUUCGUUUUCGAUUUCGUGUUACGCGUCAUGCGGCAGUGCACAUCGGCGCCAACUCGUUAUUACAUUACUUUACAAAAUUUCGCACAAACCAAAUAACAUUCGACCUACAAAGGUUGACAAACUGCGAGUCUUCAAAAGGAUUUUUAUAAAAUUUCGGUUAAAUGUGUGGCGCGUCAUGCAGCAAUGCCCCACGGUUGCAGUAUCAGAGUCACAGCCGGGACUAAGUCGUGGGACAGACAAACAGAGAGUAAAAUAAAUCAUCGAACAUUUAAUCAUUUAACGCAGAUAACCCCCAGCCCAGCACCAUAUUCAACUCCAGUCUUAUCGAAUAUAUAUUUAUAUUGUUUUUUUUUGUAAUUUUCCUUUUUGCAUGUUAACAAUUUAAAGAAGAAACGGAAAAUAUGUGGUAAACCAAGAAAAAAAAAAAAUG